AUGGCUAAUUGCGGCGGUUGGAACGAGGAGCCUGUGUCAAAAGAUAAGCAACGGCCCCCGAUCUACAAUCCAGAAGAUUACGCUACCUCCCUCAAAAAAUGGGGCAAGAAAACUGGUGCUGGGGGAUUAUACGAGGCUGACACCGGGCAGGACCCGAAUAAGUCCAGAACCCUCCCAAGCCAAGGCAGCAAAGAUUUCAGAAACCCAUGUCUGGGAGUUGGCGAAGAAAUGACACUACGCCAGUUUGGGUCACCCAGCGAACUUCUCACCAAGCUUCGGGCAGACCUUCGGCUGUCUUUUCCCAGUUUUGUUCAAGAAUUCGCAUGCGAACCACUAGAUGGCAUUGCUUUGUUGUUGGAACUCCUGCGCAACGUGCAGCUCAGUCAGUCGGGAGAAGGCGCGCGUGGACCGCCAGCUGUCAGACGAAGACCUUUGUUGGACGAACUGGCUUGUUUACAAUGUCUGUGGAGCUGCUGCACCAGGUACCCUGACUGCGUGAGGAGACUAGUGACGGGUUCAAAUGGGGUGUACACACUAACAGCAUGCAUCAUGUCUACUGUUAAUAAAUCUAGAAUACUAGCAUUACAACUUCUCACGAAAGCUUGCUACCCACCGGCCAAUGGGCACAGCACAGUUUCCGAGUCACUUUCUACCCUCCGACUGCGGUACGGUGAACCUGUACGCUUUAGAUUUCUCGUGGGUAUGCUACAGAGCGCAGGUGGCUCUGGAGACCUUCAAGCCGCUGGUCUAGGAUUCAUUAACGCUUUACUCAUCAGUGCCUCCACCCCCCAAAGGAAGUUAUACAUCCAAGCUGAAUUGGAACAAGCCGGAUUCGAUAUUAUUACAUUAAAAAAGAUGGUCUGCAAGUUACCUAACAAAAAUGAACAAGUGUCAAAGGAAAUAGAAAGAUAUGAAAAGCAACUUAUUGAUAUUGACACGUUAAGUGAAAAGGCUAACGAAGCUCUGAAAGAAAAAGAUGACCUCCGACAUAAGUUAGAAUUGCUUGAGAAAAGAGUAAAAAUAUUGCAAGAAGAAAAGGGUAUUUUGCUGUCUUUAGAAAAAUGUCUGAAAGAAAAGUGCUGUGAACUGCAGGAAGAGGUGUCUUCAUUAAGAUCAGAACAUGGAAAUUCUAAUAGAAAGAAGUCAUUUGGCAUGAAGAAAAAAAACUCUGUUCACCCAAAUAGAGAUGAAUCAUCUCCCCCAGAAGAUGAAGGUAUAAGUUCCUCGGAAAGAUCGUUAAGUCCUGAUGGAGACCCACAACGCGAUUCUAUGGUGUAUGAAGUUUUCAACGUCAAAAAUGAAACAUACGAUCUAAUUCGAAACAAAAGACCUUUGCAUAGAAAAUUAGAAUGUAACAAAAAGAUUAACGACCACAAAAAAUCUUCUGAUGAAGAGGAUGAAACAACCAUUGAUGAAGUAAUCCAAGAACUUAGAAAUAUAGUUAAUCAUGCAGAAACAGAACAAUUCAAGAAAGAAGAUGAAGUAUACGCCGAUGAUCGAUCCUCUAGGUGCAAUCAAACUUCUGAAAUCAAUGUUCCUGUCAAAACAUUAGAAUGCAACAAACAUAAAGAAGAUGAGAAAGAGGAUUCAAUCACAAGCACACGGCAUAGCAUUCAAAUAACUAGCAGCGGUGAAUUUGCUCUCGAAAGUAACGAAGACGAUGAAGAAACGGAAAUAGUGCCGAGCAAAAUUUUGCCUCAUCCACCUAGAAAAGCAAAAAGCUUGAUACAUUUAUUUAACCCACCGGCUGACCAAGGACUUCUAUAUAAACCACCAGAUUUAUACGACGAUACCUUUUAUUCGAGUGACGAAGAAUCAGAUUCUCUACUGAGUGCAUCUCGGUGUCAGAAUCAAAUCACAAAAAAACCAUCAGGAUCUAGUUUUGAUUUUCGUGAAUGCCGUGCGAUGUUCAACUCCUUAGUUGAAAAGGAUAAACUCGACUGUAAUAGAGGCAAACGACAAAGAACCAGAUCUAGGGACGAAACAAGAAAAACGUCUAUUAAACGUAGUGAAUCUUUUCAAACAUCUGAAAAAGGCUCACGGCAACGCGAAUAUAUUGAUAGUAUGUUUUAUAACGAAACACAUAAUUCUAUAGGUUCGACCAUACCACUGCAAAGAUCUAACUCUAAAUGCAGUCGAGUAGAUGAAAUAGUAAGUUUAAUUGAAUCCAAAAAGUUAACAAAAAGUUUGGACAGAAUCGAUGAAGGACUGAAUGCAAUGGUGGAUAUUGUCAUGCUUGCAGAACCCAAAAAGCCGUCUUGGCCUUACGAGAGAAGACAAAGAUCUUGUUCGAGAACAAGCAGUGACGCUGGAAAGGAAACUCCUUUGGUUCCGAUCACAAGAUCGAAUAGUAGACUUAACAGUUUUUACCAACGAUUUGAUACCCGAUCAUCUAGCAACAAAGGUAAAGAAGAGCCAGGGAAGACAGAUACACCAACGCAAAGGUUUUUCUUACCACAACCAAAACUGAGUACUGGUUCUUUCGACAACCAUAAUGCCUCAUACAACGGUACAUUCCUGGUAAAGCGUGGUCAUAGCAAUGCAGGUUUUUACUCUGGAAACCAUAUUAUGAGAGACGCACCAGCUAGUAUGACGAGUCUUGUGAUGACUGGCACUCAUAGUCACGGUGAUUUGAAGAAAACACUGUCUCCCGUGGGAUCUUCUAAUAACUUUGGUCUGCAUAAAGUAACAGACAUGCCUUCAGGACUAUAUUGAUAAGUUCUUAACCUAUUAUUAUUCUAAACCAACGACUAAUUUAAGGAAUUGUACCUAACUACGUUGACUAGUGCAAUAACCCACCAACCCGCAAUGGGCCAGCGUGGUGGGUUCCAGGCCCCGUCUAUACUUAUAUGUUUUGAGUAAGUGCAAUAUUAAAUAUCUUAUUCGCCUUUUGCUAGCAGUUUUUAAGGAGACACUAUUUUGCGGAUUGUCCAAGCGUUGUAGAUUUAUCGAUAAUUUAUUUGUCGAGUGUUGGACCUUGAAGAAUAGUCACAAUAUCGAUAUUAUUACAAAUCAAUAUUCAUCAAUCGAUACUAUUGCUGAAAGGUAACUGAAAGUUAUGACCAUUUCAAGAUCGGCAGAUUUAACAUUUGCAUGUUACUGUUAUUAAAAAUCAUACCUAGUGUAUGUACACGGCUCACAGCAAGCCGAUAAAAUAUAGGUCUGUAGACUUCCCAAGUGAAAUGAUUUCACUCAUUAACAGUAAACAUAAGAACCACGUUACUGUAUGUGUACGGUUACAAUUACAGCUCGAUAAUGUGUACGCGGUUUUGCAUUUCGCAAAUCUUCUUUAAAAGUUGUUUAUAUAUCUUUGUGUAAGUGUUGAUUUAAGAUCUUUCGAUUAUUAAAAGUAUCUUGGUAAUUUUGUACGUAAGCAAAAUUGGCUUAAGAUCACACGGAUGAGUUCUGAUUGCUGCCAGAUUUUGUUUUUUUUUUAUGUUUAAUUACAUUUUCACUUUUUAGUUAUACCCUUUUACUUUUGUUUUUAUUUGAACUUUGUUUCUUCUAUAUUUUUUUUUCUUCCGAGUCCGUUGCAAUAUUUAUUUAUAAUAAGCAUGUAACACGACUGUUUUUGUCCUAAAACAGUUUUUCAUAUUUUACAUUUACUGCUCUAUGUAAAUAUUGAAUAACCUAAUUAAGCCUGUAUCUGUCGCGAAACGGAAUAUCGAAAAUACACUCAUAAAACUAUUUAUUAAGAUUUGUUUUAUUUCAACUCCACUAAUCCACAACAUUUGAUAAGUAUGAUAUAAAAAUCGAACUGUAUUUUAUUAUAAUUUUAUACAGUAUCAACUAACAAAAAUAUUUUUAUUUGUUAAAUAAAAGGUUGAUGUAUUUAUUAAUCUUACCAAUUGGUUAUUGUAAAAAAGGGGUUCGUGAAUUGGUGACUAUCGUUCAGAUGCACAAACUUUCAUUAGGUUUUAAUGACGGCUUUAAGCUCUAAUGAAUGUCAUAUUUGUAUGGGUAAUGUCGCUUUAAACUAAUGUCAAUUUUAAUGGACGUUUGUGCAACGCGCUGUAUGACGCAAAAAUUACUGAACGAAUUUUGAUGAAGGUAUAUGGAUAAUUCUCAGCCUGGAUUAACAUAGCAGAAAAACUUCUUAUUUUUGGAAAAAAAAAUAUUAAAUAAAGGGUUUGGUAACCCUAUAUAUUUGUUACCAUGGACGUUUAUAAAAAUAUACUAUUUAAAAUAAUAAAAAAAUAUUCUGUUCUAUAGAAAAAAAAUAGUUUUGUGGGUUGCUACGUAUUUACUUUCCAGCGUCGAUAUAGAGUU